AAAUAAAUGUUCUUAAAAAAUCCCGUCAACUUUUCAAUCAUGCAAUAAUUAUCUCCAAAUAAUUUUCUUCAUUUUCAGAAUUCUUAGAAUUUUCUCACCAUUUCUCUGAGUGAAUAAUUAAUUAAGUACUCAAUUAAUCAAUUUAAUUAAUUAAUUUCUUCGAAUCCUGAGAGAUUGGCGAGCUGUCAAGGCCAGUGAUAAGAUGAAUUCCAUAUUUUUCCUCAUCUUUAUGCCAACAAUUUUAUGAUUUCCUCGUGAAUUCCGGGUUUCGGAGAAAUUCCUCCAGGUGGCGUCCAGGGACCGCCAAUAAUCGAGCACCUGGGGGCAUUUUAUUCGUGAGAAAAAGCUUCGGCGUCGUGCAUUGGUACCCGAGACAUCAAUUACUUCGCCAAUAAUUAAUUCCCCAUCAAUUCCGCAUACUCUGGAUUAUCGCGAUUACUUCAAGACUUCCUGGUGAUUCUGCGGGUAUUUGUGAUAAAUUCUCGAGGUCUAGGAGUCGAGACGAUGUGGGUGAGUCUUCUGAAGGUUUAGGAGAACAAAAAAACGGCGUUGGGGUAAUUUUUCUUGGGAAAUGUCUGGUGAGGGUCCAGGAAAUAGCAGUCCGAGUCUUCUGGGGAAUCUCAGAAAUUUUAGAUUUCAGAAGAAGAACGUCAAGAAAUUAAUCAUGUCUGAUGAUGACAGCAAUCUGACGAGCCCUGAAGUCCUACCGAGGAGAAAAUGCGUUAACAGAAUCGUUGAUAGUGAUGAGGACACCUCGGAGGGGCCUAGGAAAAUCGUGGAGGAUGAGGAGGAGGACGAAGGGGUCGAGAGGGAGAGGAAAAUGAAGUACCUGAGUGGAGAGUAUCCAGACAUCGAGUCCUUCAAAAUUCGAGAGGUCUUGACUGAGACCAAUUGGAACACAGAGGAAGCUAGGACUACUCUCAAGGCUUACAAAAAACGUCCCAUAAAGAAAUCGAAAAAUUCGAGGAAAAAACGACGGAGAAGGGAUGACGAUGAGGAAGAGACGAAUAUUGACUCGGACGAGGCGACUUAUACUAGUAAAGUAUUUGAUAGUGAUGAUGACUCAGAUGCUGAGAUCUCGAAUGAUCUUACGGGAGAUAAAAAAGCCGUUUUGGGAUUCAUGCAGACUGCCAGAAUGGCUGAGCUACUGCUCAUGCAUCAGUGCUCGCAGAAAAAAGCUCAGGCGAUCAUCGAUGCCAGACCCUUCGAGAACUGGAGAGAUCUUGUUGAGAAGUUUCAGACAAGCAAAUAUCUCGAUACUGAACUUCUCAAUUCAGCACAGAAUCUACUCGCCACCAGGAUCGUCGUCGAGGUGCUCAUGAAGAAGUGCCUGAGAUUAUCUGCAAACAUGGAGAAGGCGGUAUCAGCAGGAUCCCACAUGAUCCCAACCCAGCCGUCAACACUAUCUCCAGAGUUGACCCUGGCCCCAUACCAGAUGGUGGGUCUAAACUGGCUAGCAGUGAUGCACUCCCAGAACGUCAACGGAAUUCUCGCAGACGAGAUGGGUCUUGGAAAGACAGUUCAGAUAAUCGCUUUCUUGACGUACCUGAAGGAGACAUCACUGUCGCCCCCAGAGGGUCCCCACCUGAUCGUGGUGCCGAGUUCGACGAUGGAGAACUGGUCAAACGAGCUCUCUCGCUGGUCACCAUCCUUGAACGUUGUCCAAUACUACGGCUCCCAGGACGAGCGCAAAUACAUGAGAAUGGGAUGGAGAAACGGAGACCUCGACGACGUCGAUAUCCUCCUGACGACUUACAAUUUAGUGUCAUCAACACCAGAGGAGCGGAGACUCUUCAGGGUCCUCCCCAUCGAGUACGUAAUCUUCGACGAGGCCCACAUGCUCAAGAACAUGUCGACAAUUCGUUACGAGAACUUAGUAAGGAUAAAUGCUAAACACAGGAUCUUGCUGACAGGAACACCCCUGCAGAAUAAUCUCCUGGAGCUCAUGUCACUCCUCAUCUUCGUGAUGCCCUCGAUAUUCGCUGGGAAGCAGAACGACUUGAAGAGCCUCUUUGCCAAGAAUCCAAAGCUCCAGAGCGAGAAGAAGAGCGAAGAGCUGCCACUUUUUGAGCAGGAGCAGGUGAAGAAUGCUAAACAGAUCAUGAGACCUUUCGUCUUGAGGAGACUGAAGUCCGAGGUCCUCAGGGACUUACCCACCAAGACUGAGGAGGUCGUCAGGUGUCCUAUGAUCAAGAAACAGAAGGACCUCUACCAGAAGUUAAUCGAGGAGUUCUCAGAGGAGGCUGGAAGGUCUGCUGAGGUCAAUGGUGUAGGGAUGAUGAUGCAACUGAGAAAACUCGCUAAUCAUCCUGUUCUCAUCAGGGAUUACUACGACGAGGACAAGCUCGAGACCAUCUCCAAGAGGCUAGCAAAGGAUCCAUCGUACAAGCAAAAGAAUGCACAGUUUAUUUUUGAGGAUCUCGUCUGGAUGAGCGAUUAUCAGAUUGCUGAGCUCACCAGGGUCCACAGGUGUCUUGGUGGCUUUGCCCUGCCUCAGGAGAUCAUCCCUGAGUCUGGGAAACUCAAGAUGCUGGAUGAGAUGCUCCCCAGGAUCAAGACCGAAGGUCAUAGAGUCCUCAUCUUCAGUCAGUUCACAAUGAUUCUGGAUUAUCUCGCGGAGUACCUCACCAUGAGGGGACAUGUGUUCCUCAGGCUCGAUGGACAAACACCUGUCGUUGAAAGACAGGAUCUCAUCGAUGAAUUCACUAAUGAUCUGGGAAUUUUUGUAUUUCUUCUUAGCACCAGAGCUGGGGGACUUGGGAUCAAUCUCACUGCUGCUGAUACUGUGAUUAUUCAUGAUAUUGAUUUUAAUCCGUAUAAUGAUAAGCAGGCGGAGGACAGGUGUCAUCGCGUCGGUCAGACCAAACCAGUGAAUAUAAUUCGAUUGCUGUCGGAGGGGACGAUUGAGGAAGGGAUGUAUGAAGUUGCUCAACAGAAGCUCCACCUGGAGCAGCAAAUCACUGGGAACGAAGAGAAUGAGAAUACGGAUAAAAAAAGUGUAUUAAAACUGCUCAAAAUAACACUGGGGCUGGACCCACACAAUAAAAUAGUGUCAAUCUCACCCUCGAAGACGCCAAACAAAUCUCAACAUGGAUUCAACGACAGCGAAUUCUAGUAAACAAUUUAAUCAUAUUUUAAUAUUCAUUUCUAGAUGAAAUUCAAGCAGCCCUCACUAUUUAUGAAUUUAUUUAAUCACCCUAUAAUUUAUAACACCGCAUAAUUCUCGAAAAAAAAGACAAAAGCACGAGAUAAAAUUGUACGAACACUUUUGCAUUUUUCUAUGGUUUUAAUUCAAUUUCUAGAUUUUUAUUGCAUUGUAAAUUAAUGUAUACGAUCAUGCCAGUGUAAACAAAAUUGUACUGCAAAAUCGGCGAAGCAAUAAACUUGAAGUCACCGCAA